AGAAACUUACAGAAUAUACUUGAUUGAUUUGUUUUCUAACGUAUUCUAUGCGAUGAAUACAGAUUUAACAUUCCAUAAAAUAUAAUAAAGAUUUACGAAAAUUGACAUACAUACAUGGGGGAUUUCCUCAGGCACACGCAAGGGUGUGAUCUUUGUCUUUGGACGGCAAGAAGCGUGAGUAGAAAUGGGACCAUUCAGUUCUUGGAUUUUGGCGGGGAUUUGUUCACGAGACAUUGUUCUUACACUUCUCCUUCUCCUGCUUCCUCUUCAUCACAAUCUCUGUGUCACUGACCCGACCCUCCUCAUCUUAUCCCAUUUCUUACCUUGAACACUGAUAAAUCUUCGUCCCCGUCUGAAUUUGAUCACAGAUUAUGCGAAAAUGCCUCACCUUUCUCCUUCCCCUUCUUGUUCUUCUCCCGGUAUUCUCACUGACCGUGAGAAUUCAGCUCUUGAUUCCACUCGGGCACUCGUCUUUCAGAUCAAUGAUUACGUUUUACGCCUUGUGGGGGACUUCGAAUCCUGGGUUUGGAUUAAAGGGAAAUGCAGCAAAAGGUUAGGUAUUCAGAAAGAGAAGCUGUUUGAGUUCUCUCAGCACUCUGCUCUAUCGAACCUUUACUGGGGAGUAGAGAGCAUAGAAGCCGCAUUACAACCUGAAUGGUCGGAAGAGAUGAUGUCUCGGCUGAGAAACUCGGAGAGAAUGCUUCAGAUGCCUGCUUUGCUCGAUGAACAAGAGACCACGAACUGCGUUCCAAACAGAAUCUUGGUGUCUUUCUCCUACUUUUACCUCUCCAUUGUCAGUAAUCUUCAAGGUGAUGCCUUGCAGACAGUGUUGCAUUUUCUUCAGUCGGUCUUGGUCUCACCUGAACUCGUCCGGACAGACAUUGCCCCUGAACUCUGCGAAAGCCUUUUCAACUGCGAGAUGUCCGAGUUACAAGAUAUGGGUAAGGACAAGACAGAUGAAUACAUAAGAGAGAUGGCGAGGAACUAUAAGUACAGAGCAACGUAUUACCAGGUUAUGUUAUACGGAGAGAUUCAUCGUCCCCACGAGGAACGCAGGGACACAAGGCUUCUAAGUCAUCUGUCAGGAAAAUUUGGGGAAGAGGCCUCUGUAGUGACCGAACCUUCAACAGAAGAGAAGCAAUAUGUAUCAGAAACCUGCAAGUACCAGAAGAAGGUUCACCACGUUGUUUUCCCACAUGAUGACCUUAAUCACGACUUGAACGAAAUCAAGGCAUCAAGUAAGCUUGAAAGAACUCUAAACGACACUGCAUCUUCUCCAUGUUUGGAUCAGAGCCUGAAGACAGAUGAAAAUCCAGAGCCAGGAAAGAGUACAAGAGUCAGGUGUCUCCAUGACAUCCUGAAGGAAUCUCAGUCAGAUACAUCAACAACAACAUUCACAGAAACUAUGGAGGGUACUGCCGAGUCAACUCAAUUGGACGUCCUGGGGUCAGAAAGUUUUGAUCAGUUCGAUAUAAAGCACUUAGCUCCUUUCUCUCAGUCAAGCCGAGAGGGAGCAAGACUCAUUUCAGCACGAACUCCUCAGCAACGAAUGCACAACGAAGCCAAUAAAGCAUAUACCACCAACUCAUUAUACGCCAGAUCCCACAGUUUUGUGGGCAAUUUUGACCUGUCCAUUCUGGACAUUCAGGCUCAAGUAUCAACCACGACUUGGAAUGCCCAGAUGGAAGAUGCUUCUUCCCUACAGCAGUUGGAACUGGAAGAGCUCCUAGUCUUCGGACACAAAACGUCCAGAAGUAUGCAGAGCCAUUUCUUUGCCCCAGGGGAAGACGACUUAACUUUUGAAGGAAUGAGGAGGAAUUUGCAUAACCAGAAAAGAAGCAAGACGGUUAGAGCGCAUUCUGAAAGAGUCCGGAUGGAUUUAUGGGAGAAUCUUCAGGGCAUGAUCUCAGGAGUACUGGGAAAUGCUGAUGAGAAAUAUGUUUCAGAGGUCACAAUGAUUUAUCAAAUGCUGAACAAGAAAAGAGGAAUCAAAUAUAGCAUGCUAAAAGAUGUGAUUCUGGAUCAGCUGCUUAUGGCCAUAACGUCUUCGAAGGAGAAAAACGUAAUAAAGGCAUCAGUGACUAUACUUACAAAAAUUGUAUCGGUAAAUAGAGCAGCUCUCGAGGACGUGAAAAAGAGGGGUCUACAGUUAACCCAUUUGGCAAGUGCCCUGAAACAAAAUGUACAAGAGGCAGCAACCUUGAUAUACCUGAUAAAGCCAUCUCCAACAGAAAUAAAAAGUCUAGAGCUUUUACCGGCCCUGGUGGACAUAGCGUGCAAUUCUUCUACUUACAAGCCUAGACCUUCAUCGCCUCUGUUGACACCUCCGGCAGCAUCCUUGAUGAUGAUUGAAGUGCUAAUAACCGCUUUUGAUCCUGCUACGAACACAAUGCAUUUGGCUGCAAUCAGCUCCCCCAACGUCCUUUGUGGACUUCUUGAUGUAGCAAAAGAUGGAAAUCCGGGCCAAUUCAUCUCCUUGGCAAGUAUUUUAAUCAAAUGCAUGCAGUUUGAUGGACUUAACAGGAAGUAUAUCUCGCAACAUACUCGAGUGGCUCCAUUUGUCCAUCUCCUACAUAGCAAAGACAGAGAAGCCAUGUUCACUGCCCUCCGGUUUCUUCAUGAGGUCCUCCGUAUACCUAGGUCUGCAGCUAUCAAGAUCCUGCAGCAGUUAAAGAAAGAAGGAAGUUCUAACAUCAAGGAGACAUUACUGCGGGCUAUUCAGCAAUUGCAGGGUGACCACCAACUUUUUGCAGCGGAUAUAUUGCUUCAACUGAAUGCACUAGACUUCUCGCCAGAGAACAAAAUGUUCAGAAAUGAGGCUAUGCGAGCCCUGCUAGAUGCAAUGACACUCAGUGAAGAUUCAAACAUGCAGCUAUUAUCAACAUUCAUUCUUGCAAAUAUUGGCGGGACCUAUUCAUGGACAGGGGAAUCAUACACCGCUGCAUGGCUGGUUAAAAAGGGCGGUCUAACUUCUUUAUCUCACAGGAAUAUGAUAAGAAACGUCGACUGGACAGAUGAAUGCUUACAGGAUAUGGGAGUAGAUGGAUGGUGUAGUAAGAUGGCAAGAAGCAUCAUUGACACAGGCAAACCCGCCUUUCAUGCUAUACAAGAGGGGUUGAAGAGUAAAAACAAGAGAGUCUCAAAGGCGUGUCUUAUUUCCAACGCAUGGCUCAGUAUAGAGAUUGCAAAAGGUCCAGAUAGCAACAAGAACUCAGCACGUGAAAUCUUACUGGAUGAAGUUGCACAACACUUGCACCCGGGGUUGGAGCUUGAAGAAAGACUUCUGGCAUGUUUAUGCAUCUACAAUUACUCCUCUGGAAAAGGAAUCCAUAAGUUGAUCAAUUUCUCAGAAGGAGUUAGGGAGUCCAUGAGAAGGCUUUCACAUGUGACAUGGAUGGCAGAUGAAUUGCACAAGGCAACAGAUUAUCUAUUCAGCAAAUCAGACCAGCGGAUAUCUUGCGUUCAUACACAAAUCCUAGAGAUGCGUCAAACUAGCAGUGGAGCUGUGACAGCCCUCAUCUACCACAAAGGGUUACUUUACAGCGGAUACUCUGAUGGUUCAAUCAAGGUGUGGGAUGUAAAUGGGAAGUUGGCCACGCUUUUGUGGGACAUCAAGGAGCACAAAAGCACCGUAACAUGCUUUUCUCUCUUUGAACCAAGAGAGAGUGUGUUAAGUGGAUCUGCUGAUAAAACCAUCAGGAUGUGGCAGAUAGUUAAAGGAAAAUUAGAAUGUGUUGAAGUUAUAACAGCAAAAGAAUCAGUAAGGAAACUGGAAGCAUUUGGUAAUGCCAUCUAUCUUAUAACCAAAGGGCACAAGAUGAAGCUGCUUGAUUCAUCGAGAAUAUUCCACAGCAUCUGCAAAGGUAAAAGCGCAAAGUGCAUGGCAGUAGCUCAAGGAAAGAUUUACGUAGGCUGCACCGAUUCAAGCAUACAGGAGUUAACGCUCACAAAUAAACGGGAAAAAGAGAUCAAAGCACCGACAUGGAGUUGGAGAAUUCAAAACAAACCCAUCAGUUCAAUGGUUGUGUACAAAGACAGGUUAUAUAGCUCAAGUACCUGCACUGAGAGUUCAAACAUAAAGGAUUUGAGAAGGAAUUAUGAGCCCCAAGUGUCAAUAACAGCAGAAAAGGGGUCCAAUAUACUAGCAAUGGGUGUUGUUGAGGACUUCAUCUACCUUAAUCGAAGCUCAUCAGCAAACACUCUUCAGAUAUGGCUGAGGAGGACACAACAGAAAGUGGGAAGGCUGUCAGCAGGAAGCAAGAUAACAAGCUUCCUUACAGCUAAUGAUAUUGUCUUAUGCGGUACAGAAGCCGGGGUCAUCAAGGGUUGGAUUCCGUUAUAGCACAAGAACCUACAACCAAGGGUCUAAGGCAGACAUUAGAUUUUCAAAACACAGCUAAGAAGUUAUGAUACACGAAGAACCAUUAUUCAGUUUGCAAUGAAGAAGCAAAUAUACAGCUUAGAUGUGUGUUAAAACUAGAGUGAAGUGUGUGUGAUUGUGAUACUUGUACAUAUAUGACAGUAAUGAGAUCUAAAAGUUGUUGUGAUUCAAUAAUCAUCAGUUUUAUGUAACUAA